AUGUACUUUGAGAGGAAGGAGCUGAUCCAGUCCCUGGAUCUGCUCUGCUUUGUGCUCUUCGUAUACACCUGGCUGCUGGACAAUCGCACCUUCUUGCUCGUAGUCAAAGCCGCUCUGCAGGUACAGUUCUGUAACGCGGUGCAGAUGCAUCCGACCUGGUCGCUCCCCUUCUUGGUCGUCUUUCUUUGCUCUCUCAACCUCAUCUUCGCGCUAGUGCACCUACUUACACCGGCAAGCCAGACAAACAGCCAAGAUGCCAUGCUCAUUGACUUUGUCGGCCAAGUCACGUUGCCCGGCCGCGUUCAAAUGUUCUUCAUCGACGCAUUGGUGUGCUUCGUUCAGCUGCUCAUGACCGUUAUUGCGUUCGAGACGAGCAAAGAUGAGCUCAAGCCCGAUGGUGAGCCCAGCGUGCUGGAUGACCUUACCAGUUUUCUGGAACAAGACGAUCUGGGACACGGCUGGGAUGUUCGCGAUGAAGAAGCUACGCUCUUUGGUCUCGACGAAGAAGAGGAGAGGAAGAGUCAACAUACCAGCUUGACACAUCAUAUCGCAGUUGUACGAUUACGACCAAUCUUUGAUCAGAUCAGAUCGAGACAGUUGCUGCCUACACAGUCAGCGGACGAGUCAGAUGGUGCACAGGAGGCAUCAACACAAUCUCCAUUACAGCCUGCUUCAACCGUUGCAGAUGGGACAAGGCCGGACACAAGCCGCAUUCGUCGCUUCUCACAACCUCCUCGCACAGCACUCCCGGACUCAAGUCGGCAAGGAGAAGAACGCGUCACAGAAGGCUUGGGUGAGAUAUCAGCAGACAACUCCUGGCCACCCAUGUGGCUCAUCAUUGGGCGAAACAUGAUUGGCGGUGAACCUAGUCUACCCUCCUUUCGACGCAUGCAAGGCCUUACUUCCAUAACUGACAGCAUCAUGGGUCGCUUCGGUAGAAACCUCAGUCAAGCACCAAACGGUACUCAGUAA